AUGCACGACCUGUCGAGGCCCAUUGCUACUGCGAUGGCUGCCGUACUAGUACCAGUGGCCCGGGUUCCCUCUCGCCGGACCUGCCCUCCAUCCAUCCAUCUCUGCCCACACUUGGGAUGGGUGGUGGCACUUAAAUGCCCCGUCAAAAGUGUGGAGCGUGUCGCUGCACCCCUGGGCUUUGACCUUCCAUGCAAUAUGCCUAUCCCAACGGAUGAGGACGAGGGUUGGAGGGGGUUCGAUGAAUAG